UACGGUACUUCGUUUCGGUUGUUCUUACUCAUCAGUUCGUACGACGGACCGGUUAGGCGAAGACCGUUUCUGUGUUCUCUAGGCGUGUAUUGCGACAGACCCACUUCUAAGCUAAGUUCUUUCGAAGGAUAUGGGCAAGGAUAAGAAAAACAAAACCUCCAAGCACAUCAAGUGCGACGUCCAGUUCGACGAUAAUCCGCAGGGAGUUUUCCGGGCAGGCGAUACCGUCAGCGGAACGGUCGAGAUACAAUUGGACAAGCCGAAGAAAUUUCGAGGAAUCGCCCUUCGUAUCAAUGGAUUCGCGGCAACGUCCUGGAAUGCAAAGCUUGCAGGAACCGAUGCUAAAAACAGCAAGAACAACAAAAAGACCCACUUCAACGGACGGGAAGAUUACUUCGGCAGUGUAACGUACUUCGUCGGAUCGGAUGUUGGCAACCCGCUGGAGGUGUUGGCCGGAGUUUACCGGUACACGUUCACGUGCGAGAUACCACCGAAUGCACCGUCCUCGAAGGAGGGCAAGUAUGGUCACAUCCGGUACGUGGUGAAGCUAUCGCUCGAGCGUCCCUGGAAGUACGAUCACGUCUUCCAGAUGCCGUUCGUCGUGAAAAGCCACGCCGAUUUAAGUGUGGCACAGGAGCAGAUGCUAAAACCGGCGCGAGCGGAACUAGUGCAGACGUUCUACUUCGGGCUGACGGAUCCACUGAUCGUAACGGCGGCGACACCCCGCACCGGAUACGCUCCCGGUGAAGUGAUCGAGGUGUCGAUCCAUGUCAACAACCAGAGCAGUGUGGACGUACGUAGCAUCACGGUUAAGUUCCAGCGCGUUGAUACCUUCCUCAGCCAGGUGCCGAUCGUGAAGCAGUACUUCGAGCAUACGGUCAUGGAGGAGCGUACGAUUGGGCGUGUGGCAGGACGGAACGAUGCCGUAUUCGAGGAGAACAUACUGAUCGGAUCGACUGUACCGACGGACGACGAACGGUGCAAGAUCAUCAUGACGCGGUACGAGGUGGAAAUUAUGAUCAGGCCGGUGCGAUCGAGAAAAAAACUGGUCCUCACGCUGCCGGUCGUGAUCGGUACGGUGGGACUGCCGAAAACGCUCUACCCAAUGGAGAUGUUGAGUAAGGAACGGGCUGCCCUCGGAAUGGGUACCGGUGACGGUACGCUCACCAGUUCUCCGAUACCGUCGGAAUCACCACCACCCUACCCGGACGAUGCAAUACCGUCCACCUCGAAGGCGUUUUCCGUCGAUAACCUCACCGACGUUCCCACGGCACCAUCCACCGAUGACGUGAAGGAGCACGAGUUCGAGAAGGGUUCCGAACCGUACACGCCGCGCGAUUUCGACGAUGACUAGCCAACUACGGAAAAGCUUUAAAAAAUAUUAUCUAACCUGUGUGAUAUAAAACGAUCGUAAUUAAGUA